AUGCAGCCUACGAUUAAUCUUAACAGCUCUAAAAACAUCACGUUCAGAGGCGCAUUGGCCGAUGGUGUGGAGUCCUUCCUCAACAUUCGUUUCGGUGAAGAUACGAGCAGCAAAAAUCGUUUCGCGGCCCCAAAGCCAUACGUCUACCCGGAUAACUUGGUUGUUGAUGCCAGUCAGCCUGGCGCGGCAUGCCCGCAGCAGAAGGUUCCAUUCCCAACCUUUCCCAUUUUCGACAAUGUUACCAGAAUCUCGGAGGACUGUCUGACCCUUCGAGUCGACCGGCCAGCUAACCUAUCGUCAUUUGCCAAGUUGCCAGUCAUGGUCUUCAUCUAUGGCGGGGGAGACACCGUUGGUCAAAUCUAUGAUUCUGCGUACGAUCCAAAUGGGUUGGUCUCCAGAGCCCAUGAUAUUGGAUCCCCAGUCAUAUAUGUAGCGAUGAAUUACCGUCUCGGCAUCUUUGGUUUCGCUGCGUCGCCGGCACUCAACGCAAUGGGAUCCUUGAAUGUCGGCCUUUUGGAUCAGCGGCUGGCACUUUCUUGGGUUAGCCAACACAUUGCCGCAUUUGGAGGGGACCCCGAAAAAGUCACCAUUUUCGGAGAAAGCGACGGUGCAACAGGUGUUGGUUUACAAAUCACAGCCUAUGGGGCGAGCUCCUCAGUUCGUCUCUUCCAAAGAGCGAUCAUGCAAUCUGGUGGCCCUACGGCAGAUACAGGGACUGCGAGCAAUCUCUCAGCCGUGCAUACUGCUCAGGUGGUUCAGUUGCUCAACUGUACAUCUUCCAACAGUGAAAUGGAGUUGUCUUGCCUUCGUGAAUUGCCAAUGCAAGCCAUCCUGUCCACAGCUAUUGCUUACGAACAGACCCUUAAUCCGGAUGGGGGACUCGACGUCUUUAUUCCUACUUCACCAUCCCCAUUUAUUCCAGACUCGCCUUCUAACUUGCUCAAGUCCGGCCGAUUCUUACACGGCAUUGACAUAAUCACGGGGUGGAAUGAGAAUGACGGGUCCUUCUUCGUCCCAAGCACACUGGCUUCCGACUCUGAUCUGGUAGAAUGGCUGGCUUCAGCUUUUCCGGGACUCUCACCUAAAAACACCCAACUUGUGCAAACCCUCUAUCCAGCCUCCCUCUUCCGCAAUGACACAGCCGAAAACGUUUCAGUGCAAUACUUCCGUGCAAGCCAAAUGCAGCGAGAUGCAGGGUAUACCUGCCCAAGUCUACUGAUGUUGGAGGCCAACGCCAAUUUCUCAGCAACGACCACUUCGAACUACCUCUACGCCUUGAACCAGACAGUCUUCUCGGGCUCUUUUGCAGAACUGAACGUGUCGUAUUACGGUGUUUCGCACUUUAGUGACAUUCCGUAUGUCUUCAACCAGGCCGCGACUCGGUACGCCAGUCAAUCCUCGACUUCCGACAUUGCCCUAUCGGCGAAAUUGAGCGCUAGCUGGGCAUCAUUUACUGCUUACGGGCAACUGUCGAAAGGGAAAGGGACGCUGCAGGGUUGGUCAGAGGCAGUGACAUUAUCCAGUCGAUCUGAAGGUACCUACGAUCUGCAAGUCAUCGGGGGUCCUGAGAACAUUCUACAAAGUAUUGGGCCGUCUGGGACUUAUGAUGAACACUUGUUGGAACGAUGCCGAUUUUGGAACUCGGAUGAAGUGCUAGCAGAAUUGAUGGUAUAG